CCGCUGAGCGCCCCUGCCCGCCCCGGGGAAGGAGCCGGCGCUGCCCGGGCGAUCUCCAUCGCCCGCUCUCCCGGGCGGUGGGGGCCCCCGCACUGCCUCUUCACUCCACGGUGCCCGGGCCGGGACUCCCACUGCCCGCAGCGGGCAGCGGGAAGGGCGAGAAUGUCGGGCAGCACGGCGAGGAAGGUGCAGCCCUUCACCAUCAGCACCAGGCUCUCGGUGCCCAAGUGUGCCGCGGACUUCCCCAGAGACGCCUGCCCCGGCAUCGCCCUCGCCUCCGCGCUGGACAGCCACCGCGGCCUCCGUCGCAGCAUCAACGAGCGCAUCUCCCUCUACCUGGCCCACGCCCGGGCCGGUCCCGCCGCCCACGCGGGGCAGCCCCGCAGCCCCAGCCCCGGUGAGGACGGGGGCCCCGAGGAGGACCGGCUGAACCGCAGCUCCCUAGCCCGCUCCAUUAAGAAGAUCACGCUGUCCAACUGGUACGGGGACGCUGGCACGGGAGAGGCAGGGGGACCCGGGGACCCUGCCCGCGCCAGCAGCGAAAGGAACCACAACAAUAACAACAGCAGGACGGGGAAAGCUCAAUUCAAGGUCUUCCUCAGGAAGGAUGUGGAUGCAGACAACAAGCAGCAGGAGCCUGGGAGUGUUCAGGCCAGUGUUUUCUGCUCUCCAGUGGGCAGAUGCUCUCCCUUCUAUGCGCUGGCAGGAUCCCCGGUGUCAUCACCCCAGAAAGAGAGCCCUAAGGGCAAGGAGUCUGCUGCAGCACCAAGAUGCAGUGGGCGAAGUGGUGUGGAAGCAGCCCCUCUCCUGGACCUGAGUCCUCUGAUAGCCAAGUUCAACCGGGAGAUGCUGCAGGCAGAGACCUGGGUGCGAGGCAAGCUGCGGGACCUGAAGGACGGCUGUGAUCUCCAGGAUUGUGAGGAGGUGGCUCAGACCUUGCAGCGGGACAUGAAGGAUUUUGAGAACACACUGAUAAAGCUCAAUCAGAUGGGUGAGCAGCUGAUGUGGAGGGCAAGCCCCAGUGCUGAGGCCGUGCAGAGGCAGCUGCUGGCCCUGCAGGACCAGUGGCAGCUCCUGAAGCAGACGGCUGCCAGCCAGAGCAAAGCCCUCGGGGGGCUGCGGGGUCUGCAGGACUUUAACAGGAAAGCUGAGCGGCUGGAGACAUGGAUCAAGGACAAGGAGGAUAGGCCCUCUCUGGCAGCCCUCCUGCAGGAAAGCCCAGAUAAGAUCCAGCUUACUCGCCGCAUCCUUGACUUGAAGCAGGAGGAGCAGCAGUUCCAGAGUCUGCACAAAGAGCUGAACAGCCUGGCCCAGAAGCUGGAGAAACAAGGCAAAAAUGAGAGCAGAAACGUCUCAGCCCGGCGCAAGCAACUCAACAGAUCGUGGCUUCGGCUGCAGGGGACCCUGAAGGAGCACCACAAGGCUCUGCAGCUGGCCCUGGAGGUGGCCUCCUUCCUCCAGCAAGCAGAUAUCCUGCUGGGGGUCAUCCAUGCAAAGCAGAGCAGCAUCUGCAGUACAGAGAAGCCAGGGGAGGGCGAGCCAUGCCAGGAUCGGGAUAUCAGGGACAUAGCCAGCCAGGUGAUGAUGCUGGAUGUGACAGUGUCCCAGCUCCUAAACUUACAGCCCAGCCUGGCAGCCCAAGUCACCUCAAAGCACCGAGACGUAAAGGAGAGCUGGGCACAGCUCCAACAGGCACUGAGGACAGGGAAGGUUCCAGCACGGGCAGACAGUUCCCCAGGGGGCAAAGCUGCAGCUCCAAAUGCUGAGCCCCGAGUUGACGAUAGCAGACAUGGGGCUGUGGGUAAGGAAGCAGCAGCCAAGUGGACAAGAGGACUUGGCAGCAUGGUACCAAAAGAUGUGCUGGAGAAGAUGGCAGAGCACAAGAAAGGAGAGGAGAGCAACCCUGGCUCCCCAGCAGUGGGACAGACCCCUCAUGGAGGGGACAACAAAAGGACGAGAGAGGAAGAGACUGAGCGGGGGCUGCAGCAGCUGGAGACCCAAGUGCAGGAUGUCUGCCAGACUCUGUCCCCAUACAAGGAGAGUAUGGGUAUGGGAGUCCCCUCAUGUCCAGUGGCAAGCCCGGAGGCAGCAAGGAUUCAGCAAGAGCCCCUGUCCCCCAGCUCCAGUACCAGGGCUGUGCUCCUGGAGGAACCAGCACGAGGAAGGCCUCCCAGGAGCCCUCAGGUGGAGGCCAUGCUGUGGGAAUUGGGAGAGUUAUGGGAGGACCUGCAGAGGAGGCAUCAGGAGAACGGCGUAGUGCUGCAAGAAAUCGAUAAGGCACUGAGGCUUGUGGGAGAGCUGGACCAGGCUGAGCGGUGGCUGCAAGACGUGGCUGGGUCACUCUUGGAAUCAGUCGCCAUGAGAAGCUCAGCAGAGCUGCGCCGGGACCUGGAAGAAAUGAGCCAGCUGGAGAAGCAGCUCCUGCUCUGUGGCCUCAAGCUGCAGGCACUGCGGGAAGAAGCAGCAGGCGAGUCGCCCACUGAGCACGAGGGGGCAAGGAAGAUGCAGAGGAAAGUGGAGAUGGUGGAGGAGAAGCUGGCACAUGUGCAGGCGGCCCUACGGCACCGGGCAGCAGCUCUGUGGGACUCCCUGGUGCUGUCUGAGUUCCUGCAGGACCUGCAAGAGGAGGAGGCAGGGAGCCAGCAGGGAUCUGCAGUGGCAGGGAGUGGGCGUUGUGGCUCGCAGGGGUGUUUUGCCCUGCUCUCAGCCCAGACUGAGAAGUCUCCAAGCAGUGAGGAGAUGAGGCGCCCCUUGGGAGAGCUGCAGGAGGCCGUGGAGAUGCUGAAUGAUGCAGCGAAGGAGCGGGAGAGGGUCAUGGAGGUGGCAGCAGAGACGGAGAGCCUGGAGCGUUUGGUGGCGAAGAUAUCCCCACAGCUGGAGGCCCUUCAGUGCAGAGCCAAGACUCUGUCUCAAGACAUUGUCCUAGCAGAGAAGAGCUUCACCACGGUGAAGAGUGAGAAGGACCUGCAAGGGCUGCAGGGCUUGCUAAGCUGCCAGCAGGAGAUGGAGCAAGCAGUGUCACAGACCCUGCAAGGGCAGCUGGAGGAGCUGGAGAGGACAGCUGCCCGUGUGCAAGAGCUGUGCCCCGCUCGGCAGUGCCCCAUCAGCUGGAAGCUGCAGGAGACUCUGUGGGCCUGGGCAGGGCUGCGAGAGCUGCUGCGGGAGACCCGGCUCCGCGUGCAGCAGGCCAGCCAGCUCCGGCACUUCUUCAAGGAUUAUUUAGCCAUGAUCUCCUGGACUGAGGACACACGGGCUCAGAUCUUCUCUGAAAGCCCAAGCAGCUCCAGUAUCCCGGAGACUCCAUGUGAGGAACUGGAGAGCAGAAUUGAAGAGAAACUCAAGGAAUUUGAGGCACUAGCAGCAGCAGGGCAGCAGCUGGUGUCUGAGGAGCACUACCUGAGUGCAACAAUAAAGGAGCGCUUGGAAGAGCUGCAGAGCAUGCUGGGCUGGGUGCUGGUGCGGUGGCGAGCACAGAGGCAUCAGCAGCAAGAUCUGGGGAGCAGACAGGAGGACAAGAGGGAGCUGGAGAACCUCUCAAGCACAUCCCCCACUGGUCAAGAGCAGCAUGCCUCACAUGUUCCACCCCACCUGGAAAGCAUCCACAGCCCAGUGAAGUUCAUGCCCUCCUCCCUCCUCGAACCUGUGCAAAGAUUAGAGCCAAAGCUUCCAGAGAAAACAGCCAUCUCCCCACCCACAUCACCCCUCUCAGAUGCCCCAUCAGGAGUGGAGCAGAGCUGGGGGGAGCCCAGCAGCAAAACACCCCAUGAUGCGGAAUCCCAGCAGGCUGCCACCUGGGAUCCUGCUGAGACUUCCACGCUGCUGCUGCCACCACGGGGCCCCUGUGGUCUCGGGGGGACAGUCAGCCUCAUCCUCAGCAUUGGCAAGAAGGGCGAGAAGAAGAAGGCACAGCUGCUGGCCAGCAGCAAGCAGCCAUGGGAGGAGGCACUGCCAACGCUCCCCACCACUAUACACUCAGGCUGUAAAACCUUUUGGAAGCGUUGCCAAGGGCUUUUAGGAAACACUUGGGAUAGCUUAAAGCAAAAAAGAAAGCCACCCCACCAGCCACGUCACCAGCUGGUGGAAGAGGUAACAUCCUGGGGGAGGCUGCAUGCUGGGCAGAGUGGCUGCAUGGUGUGAACCUGCCUGCCACCAACCCUCCCGGCCAUGCCACGGUGCCCUGGUGGCAGUGGUUCAUUGGGAGAGGGAAAACCCUGCUGGGGAUGUGGGUCCAGAGUGUGGGUGCUGGGACGUGGGAGGAGGGGACUCAGGCAGGGCUUGCUGCAGUUUGGCCCCCCAUUCAAGUAGUUUUGGUGGCCAUGGGAGAUAUGGCUACCUGGUGGCCAGUGGGAGAGCCUCCCUGCUCCAUUGCUGGGGAGCAGCAGCAGUUCCUUUUGUAGCCAGCUGAAGGGGACAAAGGUGGCUGGGGCUGUGUGAGGGGCACAUUUUGCUGGGGUGGGGAUCUCACUCCAGGAUGGUUGGCUUAUAUCUCUGAGUUUGGGAAUUUGUAGGGGCUCACAUCUCUUUGUUGCUCCAGAGCCUGUGCAAAAAAGUCUGUGUGUGAGGAGCCCCAAGGGCAGCCAGGCUCAGUAGCCAAAGGAAAGGGCAGGACAGAGAGGCUGGAGGGUGUUGAGGUAGGGUGAGGGGCUGCUGGGCUGCUAGGAGGGUUUUGGUAAUGGGUGCCAUCCGGCCUAAUGGAUACAGGAGAACACU